AUGUUAAAUCAAAGACUCAAUGAAGUGAUUGUUGAACAUGGCGGAGAGAUAUAUCGAUUAGAACGGGCUAAGCAUAUUCGAAAUGAAUGUUUGAAAAAGAAUGUUCCUGGUAUUCUUCAUCGUCUUUGGCCAACUAUGAUCUAUGCUUCUACGGCGAUAGGAGGCUCGUUUGCUACGUACAAAGCCGAUAUUCAAUUUUAUUGUGGAGAACAGUUACCUUUCAUUAAUCUGCUCAUCUAUGGUGGAAGUGAAGGCUUUUUUGCUGUUCUAGCAAGUAUUCACACGGACGAAUACUUCCUAUUACCAACACAUGCAUUCUUCGAAUUCAUCAAAGAAGAAGAUAUUCAGCAAGCACAACCAAAAACUCUUCUCAUCUCAGAGAUCGAACCAGGACAUAAAUAUGAAUUAGUUUGUACAAACGAUGCCGGACUGAUUCGAUACAGAAUGGGAGAUGUAAUCAACUGCACUAGAUUUCUUUGUCGAGCCGAUGAUUUAGUUCCAUUACCAGCAGCACCAGCAGAGAUACCACGAAUUCCUCUUAUUUCACUUGCAUAUCGUGUUGGAACUCUUUUGGAUAUACAUGGCGAGAAAAUAAGUGAACAAGAUGUGAUAAAUGCUCUCCAACAAACUAUUUGUCAAUGGAGAGAACAAGGAAUACUAGUUGAUUUAUGUGACUUUACGUCAUAUCCAAGAUUAGAUGUAAGUCCGGCUAAAUACGUCAUCUUUCUGGAGCUGACUAACGAUCAUGGAUACAAGAUUGGUGCAGAACAAUUUGAAAUUCUUAAGAAUACUGUCAAUGCAGAAGUCGAACAACAACUUUGCAAAGCGAGCCAAAAAUAUCAGCAUAGUCGAAGUUUAACAAGGCUUGGUCCGCUUAAUGCUAUCCUUGUACGAAGUGGAACAUUCUCGGCUUUUAUGUCCAAAUUUUUGCAAACUGAUCGCGUGAGUCCUGUACAAGUCAAACCUCAUCGAAAGUUGAGAAAUGAAGAUCACAUUCGAUUCUUUUAUGACAGUCAAAUCGACACAUCAUUAUCUUAA